GAUGGUAGUGUCCCGCCGUCCGAUUUUGGCGGUAAAUUUUACGAUCCGCGCUACAGUGCCGACGUGUUUGAUGAACAAUAACUUAUGCUAAACUACUAUGAAAAGUUAUAUUAUGAACUUUAGAAGCACUUUUGACAAUAUGCGGCCGUUCGGUUUGAUGGAAAACAUUUUUUCGAACUCAUGAUCGUGCUGUGCUUAUGUAUUCGAUGGUAUGAGAAAAGAACUCAUCCAAAAACACAUGUUUUCGUCACCUACGAAAGCAGCCUGGUGGCUGGCUACGUUUUUCAGUGUUUUUGUCACAGGUGAGAUGCCGAUCCAGGCCGAGACGGAGCCGGAGUUCCUGCAGGCUCUUGAAAACCACACCGUGACGCAGGGCCGGGACGUGCACUUCACUUGUGUUGUCAACCACUUGUCUAAUUAUAGGGUGGCAUGGAUCAAGUCAGACUCAAAGGCGAUUCUGGCGAUCCACACCAACAUGGUGGCGCUGAACCCGCGGCUGUCCGUCACGUACAACAACCACAAUACGUGGAAGCUGCACGUCAGCAACGUGCAGGCCAACGACUCUGGCACCUACAUGUGCCAGGUCAAUACCGACCCUAUGAAAAGUCAGAUGGGGUACCUAUCAGUGGUGAUACCACCAGACAUCGUGGACACAGUCGCAGAGGGCAGCACUGCGCAAGAAGGCGGCAGCGUCCGCCUGACCUGUAUAGCGACGGGGGAACCACCGCCAACUGUGCUGUGGCGACGGGAGCACAACAAACCCAUCGUCUUCAGGCAUGAAGGUGGAAGGGAGAGGAAAGUGGUGGACAGCCACAAGGGCGAAACCUUGGAGCUGCAGCACGUUCAGCGAACAGACAUGGGCGCGUACUACUGCAUCGCUAGCAAUGGCAUCCCGCCCACCGUCAGCCGCCGGUACCACGUCGAGGUGCACUUUAUCCCUCAAGUGAAGGUGACGAAUCAGCUGGUCGGGGCUCCGCUCGGUAGCGACGUCGAACUGCAGUGCUACAUCGAAGCCUCACCUAAGGCCAUGAACUCCUGGUACCGAGAAGACGCACUAGUCAGUGACAAGAUCCUAGAGAACCCCAAGCUCCGCAUCAACGAGGUGAUUCUGAACGAGUACUCCCGAUGGAUGAACCUCACCAUCAAGUCUCUGGCGCAGGGAGACUAUGGAACUUACGUUUGUGCGUCCGUCAACGCACUGGGCAAGAUGGAGAGUCAAGUUAGCUUACAUAGACUAGAGCUAAGCAUGAACGGUUUCGGCGCUGAAGAGCCGAUGGUCUCCGGCGCAGCGUGGCAGCGUGCGCGCAGCCUACCCUCGGCGCGCGCGCGCCCCGCUGCUUCCCACGCGCACCAGUACUCGCUCACCGAUCAACUACCCCCGCAACUGUAUGCGCUACUGCUAACCGCUAUUCGAUAUUUGAAUACGUUCUAAUUUUGAAUCUGAAUUCCAAAAUUGGCGACAAAGGUUGAACUACGGACAAAACAAAUUAAAAUUUUCUAAAGAAUAUCAGUGGUUAAUCUUUCACAGCUGCCAGUACUCACAGAUCAACUCUCUCCGCAACUGUAUGCGCUACUGCUAACCGCUAUCCGAUAUUUGAACACGUUCUAAUUUUGAAUUUGAAUUCCUUAUUUAAACUUACAGAAACAGUGUGCCUACCAUGAGUUUACGUUAGGUGAGCUCGCUAGCGAAUACGUCAAAAAAUUAUAUGAAGAUUUUAUUUCUUGAAAGUAGCCGCUAGGGGCGUUGCACAAUAUGUCAUACAUUUAAAUGUCAUUUUUUUACGCAGUCGCUAGCGAGCACACCUAACGUAAACUCAUGGUAGGCACUCAGAACACAUUUUCUCUAAAGAACAUCAGUAGUUAAUUUUUCAUAAGUUCCAGUUUGUGCUACUGCUAACCACUAUUCGAUAUUUAAACACGUUCUACUUUUAAAUUUGAAUUCUUGAUUUGAACUUACAGGAACAGAAGUAUACAUACAUUUGCUCUAAAUAAUAUCAGUGGUUAAUAUUUUAUACCUGGAAGUACUCGCUCACGGAUCAGCGAAUUAUUUAUUAAAACAACUAUUCUAUUAUAAUUGUACUGCCUAAAAUUAUCAAAGUGUUUUAAAAUCUGUAUUUAACCCACUCAUGCUAGUACCCGCUCGUGCGUGGAUCAACUUCCCCCGCAAUAACUGUCAAUCAAUAUUUGAAUACGUUUAAAUCAAAAGCCUGAUUUCCCACAUUGGAUACAAAGUAAACUUCUCAUUUUUUUUUAAAAGCUGUAGUUAAUCUGCCAUUCCCAAUAUUGUCCGUUUGCCCAAGCUGUAUGCACUUACCGGACUUUGGCGUCAAAAAUAUUUUAAAUCACUUUCUAUGACUCUAUGUCAUUGACAAUGUUGCACCAAAAAUGUGUUAAUGUUCUGACAAUAGCCAAAUGUUGCACCGAUUUUGUUAUUAUUUAAACCAGCUCUUAGUUUGAACGCAUUUGUUGUUUCAUCAAACGUCAGACAUCAAAACUGUGUUUGAUGUCUGACGUUUUUGUCUGAUAUUGAUGUUUUGACGCGUAUUUCCAGGACUGUUCCUGGAAAUACGCGUCAAAACGUGCUUUGCUGAAAUCUGUUCUACACCGUUUUGUUCAAAUUGAAAAUUGAAAUACAAAAACGGAUUAUAAUCGUGAAAAUUCUCAGUAAAGUAAACAACAAGUUAAAGGCAAUGUUUUUACAGGUACUGUGUGCUUACCAUGAGUUUACGUUAGGUGUGCUCGCUAGCGACUACGUAAAAAAAUGACAUUAAUUGUAUGACAUAUGGUGCAGCGCCCCUAGCGGCUACUUUCAAGAAACAAAAUCUUCAUAGAGAUUUUUGACGUACUCGCUAGCGAGCACACCUAACGUAAACUCAUGGUAGGUGCACUGUACUGUGAAUUGUUAAUUUGUAGCGUUACGAAAAUACCGUGUCCAUGAUUUCCAAUAAUGGUCAUUUCUCAAUCAGUUUCACGAUCAUUUGAAACAAAAACCUAUAGGAAUUUCAACUAUCCCUGUAGAUAAUUAUGACGUAUAUUCGAAGGAAUGAAAAUUAUAGGUCUUUCUUCAAACCAUUCUAUAGAUAAAUAAAUUCACUUUCUUGACUUUUCUUAAAAAGAUUUAAAUAAAAAAAAUAUAAUUUAAAAUACUCUCGGUUGUACCGCCGGCUGCAGAAAAAAAAAGUAUUUAUUUAAAAUAAAAUAAAUCAUCGGUUUAGGUUAUCAAUUCAGUUGAAUUUGUAAUGCGUUUUAUAUGAACUUUAAUUUCUAUUUCUUUUUUUUUUAUUGUUAAUGUCUUGUUAAUUUAUUUACAUGUUAAGUCUUUUAUCAAUUAAUAUUUAAAGCAGAGAUUUCCAUGUACAUUGUGAUAUUUUUUGUAUAUUUAAUGUUAAUGUAUAUUAAUUGUAAUGUUCACGGAUUGUAAUUAUAUUAAACGAUAAAUUAAAAGUUGUAUCUAUAAAGUAAACAGUUAACAUACCUAGGUAAUUAUUAAAAAUACAAUUGAAUUCCAUUUUAAAAUUCAUACUUUACGAAAAAAAAACAUAGUGUUAAAACAAUAGAUUUAAAAUAUUUAACUGACUAGAGUAAGGUAUGUUAAGUAUAGUAUACAUAGAAGGAACGUUUCACAUAGUGCAUAUACACAUUAUUGUUUUAUUACAAUCAAGUGCAAAUAAAUUGGGCAUGGAAUAGCAUCUGUGUAGACAUAACGCGAAUUGUUUGCACUUAGGUGUGUGUAUACUCAUCUCGGAAUCUUGUGCUAAUAUUACGUUGACUUUGACAAUAAAUGUGUAAUUUACGAAUACUGAAAUAUAAUAUUGAAUAAAUGUCCUUGAAAA